UCUAUUUACCAUAGAUAAAGUAACACGCAUUGUACGGAGAUUGUAGUUUUGCUGUGGUUUUGCAUAUUUUUCAUGGAAAUAACAAUAAAGUUAAAGAAAGAGCAAUAAAUACGAAGAAAAUCUUUGUAAACGUGUUUUGUACUGACUGUAAACAUUUAAUUAUAUAAAAAGAGCGAUGACGUCGUCCGAGGUAUCGUUUAAUCGAAAAAUAAUAGAAGAUUUGUCCAAUGUUGAAUUUGAUACCAGCGAGGAUGUGGAAGUCAUACCAACUUUCGACUCAAUGGGAUUGCGUGAUGAAUUGCUGCGAGGAAUAUACACAUACGGAUUUGAAAAGCCGUCAGCUAUCCAACAGAGAAGCAUUCUGCCAAUCGUUAAAGGACGCGAUGUGAUUGCUCAAGCACAAUCUGGUACUGGUAAAACAGCAACAUUCUCUAUCUCCAUACUGCAAUCAUUGGACACCACACUACGUGAAACUCAAGUAUUAGUGCUAUCGCCCACUAGGGAGUUAGCGACGCAGAUCCAAAAAGUAAUACUAGCUUUGGGCGAUUUCAUGAAUGUCCAGUGUCAUGCUUGUAUUGGAGGAACUAACUUGGGUGAAGAUAUCAGGAAGUUGGAUUAUGGCCAACAUGUUGUAUCUGGAACUCCAGGCAGAGUAUUUGAUAUGAUCAGGAGACGUGUACUUCGUACAAGAUCAAUUAAGAUGCUAGUACUUGAUGAAGCUGAUGAAAUGCUGAACAAAGGUUUCAAAGAACAAAUCUAUGAUGUCUACCGUUACUUGCCACCAGCAACCCAAGUGGUGCUCAUUUCGGCUACAUUGCCCCAUGAGAUACUUGAAAUGACUUCAAAGUUUAUGACUGACCCCAUAAGAAUUUUGGUUAAACGUGAUGAAUUGACACUUGAGGGUAUCAAGCAAUUUUUCGUGGCAGUUGAACGGGAAGAAUGGAAGUUUGACACUCUUUGUGACCUUUAUGACACAUUGACCAUUACUCAGGCAGUGAUAUUCUGUAACACAAAGAGGAAGGUAGACUGGUUGACACAGAAGAUGCAGGAAGCUAACUUUACAGUCAGCUCUAUGCAUGGUGAUAUGCCACAGAAGGAAAGAGACAACAUUAUGAAAGAGUUCCGAUCUGGUCAAAGCCGUGUUCUAAUAACAACAGAUGUCUGGGCUAGAGGUAUUGAUGUACAGCAAGUAUCAUUAGUCAUUAAUUAUGACUUACCCAACAACCGUGAGCUGUACAUCCACAGAAUAGGCAGAUCUGGUCGUUUUGGACGUAAAGGUGUUGCCAUCAACUUUGUAAAAUCAGAUGAUAUUAGGAUUUUGAGAGAUAUAGAACAGUACUAUUCUACACAGAUUGAUGAAAUGCCGAUGAAUGUUGCAGAUUUAUUCUAGUGUAAUUUUUAGUUUGAUCUGUUUUGUGGCUAGUGUUUUUCAUACAUUACAUUAUAUGACUUAAGUAUUUACGCUAACUCUUAGAUGUAUGUCUAUAAUAUUAAACUUUACUUCAUAAU